UGUUGUCCUCAGUCAUGUGAAAUCCCAAUCCCUCUUCCGAGCCGCUUAAUAGCGUCCAGUUGAGUUCAAGCGACAACCUUCCGGACUCCAGUAUAAGCUUCGAGGAAAGCGAGGUCACCAGCAGCAUUAUGCCUUCUAAAGAGUUCAUACCCGAUGACAUCGCCCAGCAUAACAAGGAAGGGGACCUCUGGAUUGUCAUAGACUCCAAAGUUUAUGAUGUAACCCGCUUCGCAAACCUUCACCCAGGAGGCUCAGGCGUGCUGUAUGCUGACGGCGUAGCUGGGAAGGACGCUACUCAGGUGUUCUUCGGACUUCACAGACUUGAGGUUCUCCAACGUCCUCAGUUUGCGCGUCUCCAAAUAGGAGUCGUCCAUGGACAGACUGAAAUGAUCAAGCCUCUUGCUCCUGGUGAACUGUCUCUUGUGCCCUAUGCUGAGCCUACGUGGCUCACACCUGGAUACUUCAGCCCCUACUAUGGUGACAACCACCGCAAAUUCCACAAGGCUGUAAGGGCGUUCAUGAUGGAAUUUAUAUUACCUGAGGCAGUGAAAUGUGAGGAAAAUGGGAAGAGGAUAUCGCAAGAAGUCGUGGAUAAAUUAAGCGAGAUAAAUUUUUUGGCUAUGCGCCUGGGACCAGGCAAGCACCUCAAGGGACUUACCUUGAUGGGUGGCAUCGUGAAGCCUGAGGAAUACGACCACUUUCAUGAACUUAUUCUCCACACCGAGCUUGCGCGAUUCGGUACGCGAGGAUUCGUGGACGGCCUCCUGAAUGGCGGGGUUAUUGGCCUCCCCCCACUUCUUAAUUUCGGAACCCCGGAGCAACGAGCCAAGUUCUUACCAAAUAUUCUGGCUGGAAAGAAAUACAUCUCCCUUGCUGUCUCAGAAGCAUUUGCAGGCAGCGACGUCAGUGGUGCGCAAACUGUUGCCGUGAGAGAUGGUGACGAGUGGGUUGUUACCGGAACUAAGAAGUGGAUAACAAAUGGGACGUUCUCAGAUUAUUUCACGACACUUUGCAAAACAGACGCCGGGUUUGUUGUCUUGCUCAUUGAGCGCUCGGAUGAUGUGUCUACCAAAGCGGUGAAAACGUCCUACUCCUCAACCGCUGGGACUGCCUUUAUCACCUUUACCAAGGCACGCGUGCCGGUUGCCAAUACCUUGGGUCAAGUCGGGAAGGGUAUGUCGAUUAUCCUGAGCAACUUCAAUCAUGAACGGUGGAUGGUCACCUCGACGAGUCUUGGUGCGCAAAGAGUUGUGGUUGAGGAGUGUUUGAAGUGGACAAACCAACGAAUUGCCUUUGGCAAGCCUCUUCAUGCUCAAGCAGUUAUCCGCGCAAAACUUGCAGCGAUGAUUUCCCGCGUGGAAGCAUGCCAGGCAUGGGUAGAGAAUAUCACGCAUCAAAUGAACAACAUGUCCUAUGAUGAACAAUCAGACAAACUCGCAGGUCCUAUUGCAUUGCUCAAACAAUUUGUGUCAAAGGCUGGCCGUGAAACCGCUGAGGACGCAACCCAGAUGUUCGGAGGUCGGGGUAUCACCGUCACGGGCAUGGGCAAAGUCAUUGAGAAUUAUCAUCGCACGUCACCUUUCGAUGCUAUUCUUGCCGGUGCGGAAGAUGUGCUGGGAGACCUUGGCGUGCGGCAGGCUAUUAGGAAGAUGCCUAAGAAUGCCCGGUUGUGAUCAUUCUCAUGCUGGGCGCUGGGCGUCUGAUGUUUAAUGCUAUUUAUGCCCGUAUCUUUGCUUUUAUUAAUGCGUGCGAUUGAUGUCCUAUAGUAGUUGUGCCUGCGUAUCACAGGGGCUUUGGAACCUCGCUCAGUCAGA